AUGGCUAGACCUCCACCACUACAGCCAUGGGGAGUCACCACGGAGCAGGAGUUUAAGGUUUGUGAUGAGAUCCGGAAGUGUAUUUUGCGGAUGCUUCGUUCGAUGUUAAAACAUCCAUAUGAAAAGUAUUCCGACAUGCCGAUAGAUGUAAAGGAGUCAUGGCAUCGAACAUUCGCGCAAAAGUUCACUUGGGACCAUAGGAGAACGACUCAAGUGUUGCAAACUUUUGACCAAUAUGCUGGUAUCCAAUACUCACGACACAUGUCACAAUGGAAGAGGGCUUACGGUAAGAAGAAGAAGAGAGCGAAGGAUUUAGAAGAUCAUGUGUGGAAAGGCUUUUGCGAGUACUGGAGUGUACCUUCGACAAAGAUCAUCUACGAGAAGAACUCGGAAAGUCAAGGGCCGCUUUGCUGUAUUGGGUGGACUUCCAAGCCUUGA